AUGUCUGCGGUAACACGAACGACAUUCCCUGCAGCCCAGCUUCCUGCCAAACCUACGUCAACGUCAUACGAGAAUGCAUGUCGGCACAUUCUGAGUCAGCGCUUUCGUCAGCUCUUGCAUAAGUCGGCUACUCUUGCUGCUGUCGUUGUGUUCGUAUCUACGCUCAACCUCCGAGGCCCCAUUUUAUCAUCGAUACUCACAAAUGCUAUACAUAUUUCUCUGGCGUUUGUGUUCGGCAUAUUACCUACACUGGUUGCUCGAAAAAUUCGCCGACGAGCCCUUCAAACGCCUCGGCCCAAGACUCUCGUUGCAGAAAUUGGGUCUCUCUCGCUUCUCUAUCUCGCACUAUACGCCGUUUCGGGGCUUGUGCUUGCAGAGUGCUACGCCACGUUUGUGAGCCUGCGUGUCCAAGGUCUCAAACUUUCACUAUUCACCGGCUCAAACCGGUACCCAUGGAGCAUAAAUGAACGACAUGUCAUGCUUUGCUGGGGGAACACUCUUUUAGGAGCAACAUACGCUGCGUUGGAUGGAAUCCAGCACCGGAAUCCCGCGUGGUUGCGUCGUUAUGGUGGUUUCACGCAACGUCGUAGCACAGCAACCUGGAAAUCGGUUUCACGCUCUGCAGUCUUGGCUGCGUACUACUGGCCGAUUUUCACUAUUGCCUAUUUCGUCUGCAGAGUACCGUUUCUGCUUGUUACGAAUAAGUUUCUAGGAUUCGUACUGAGCCCGUUUUUACACUUUAUGAUGCGUGGAGGAGCUUUCUGGCAACUCUUGUCAUUCUCGUUGUUCUGGCGCAUGUUUGUUUUGCAAUUGACGACACUUGUCAUGUGGGACGUCGCGGGGGAGUGGUUCGAAAUCAAUGCGAGCCAAGUUAUUCACCUUUCUCAAUUCAAAGAAGAUCCCAAUGCUGUUCUUAUUGCUGGACUGCAAAGUCAAGACCCAUACUACAAGUACUUUGCAUUUGCUGAAUUGGCCAAUGUUGUAUCCACUCGUCCUCCUCGCAGAGUUGCUUUGUUCUCAGAUCUCAAGGCCAAUCCUACGGCCUGGGAACAAGUAUGCCGCGAGUGUUUAUUAUUCCUCGGCAAAGAUUACACUAGAGUUAUUGGGAGAAGUGGGCCAGCGUCUACAGUAACGUCAGCUCCAAGCGCACCGGUCACAUCCAAAAGCUCUACAUUGUCCACCGGUCCAGUAUAUAAGCAUCCGACUCAAUCGACGGGCCCCAUCGACGCAUUCGUGGGCGCCGCCAACACUGUUGCCACAGUUAUCCCAGCCAACCUCAGCGUACCUGCCAUCUUUUUGCCGACCCCCCAUCCUACGGCCUCUGCCCCGUCUUCAGUACCUUCGAUUACCCAGCCUUGGAAAUUUAACUUGCCCAACCUGGUAGAUUUCGACAAGCUGAUUGGGAAGCUGCCUCCUGUUUGGGCACGCCGGGUUCGUUCAGUUGUCCGGGAUCGAAAAGAGGCCGUGCUUGAAGGCUUGUUGGAAGGUCGAGCUGCAGAUGUAUGGAUCGUUGAAGCUCUCUCGACACUUAUCGCCCAGUCACUCCACGAGGACCCCUAUGGUCGCGUUCAGCGAGACAUCCCGCGCGUUUUGGAGGCAUUUGUUUCUUAUCUUGGGGCGCUGGAGCAAUUGAUCGAAGAGGUCAAUGCAGACUUGACUCCAGAGAGCGAAGAUGCUGUGCGGGCCGUUGUGCAACCCGUUGCGGAUGCCCUAAGGGAAGGGAUCCGUAUGAUCGUACUCGAGUUUGGACAUCGCCUAAAAGCAUUUACGUUCCCGCCCCGCGUGGCGAAGCGGCUACAGACCAUGGUGGAUUAUUUGUAG